UCUCUCCCCCUUUCCCCUCCCCGCGGGUUCCUGGCAUCGCCAGAUGCUACGCAGCAGUCUCCGAUUCCCCAUCACUAAUUCAGCUGGGUAAGGUCCCCAUGAAGGCGCAGCCCGGCUUAGAAGUGCAGGGGCGAGGAGGCUGGGGAGUUCCUAUCUGGAUAGGCUCCAGCCUGGCUGGGGGCGGUCCCGGUGCCCGGUGAGGCGUCAGGCGAGGGAGCCUGAGCUGGGCAGCGCAGAGGGGAGGAGAGGAGAGGGAGGCGAGGGCGGGCUGCGAGACCCGCAGCGGCCAGGAGAGGGGCAGGGGGCGGCCUUUCUCCAGGAAUUUCCGGGGAUCGUGUUACAGCGUUCGCGCAGCCAGAGCGGAGUGGGACGCGAGGCCCUGCAGCCAGACUGGGCCCCUCGCCCCCUCCUCCAGCGGCCUGCGGGCCUUGGCAGCGCCGCCCCUGCGCACACUGACCCCGUGUGGCGGGGCCGCUCUGCGCCCCGGGCCGUUCUGUUAUGGUAGGGUCGCCUCAGUCCCGAGAUGACGUCGGGUCUCAGCGGCCCCGGGUUAUUGUAGGCACUGUCCGGCCCCGCGUAAUCGUAGGGUCUGCGCGGGCUCGGCCCCCAUCAGACGGGACUCCCCGUCCCCAAUUGGCGGCUGAGGAGUCUCCCCGCCCCAGAGUCAUCUUCGGGACGCCCAGGGCCCGAGUGAUUGUGGGCUCGCCCCGGCCCGGGGUGAUUGUUUCAUCUCCGUGGCCCGCGGUGGUCGUAGCGUCUCCGAGACCGCGGGCUCCUGUUGGGUCUCCGUGGCCCCGAGUUAUAGUCGGGACACCCCGGCCACGGGUGAUCGUCGGGUCUCCACGCGCUCGGGUCGCUGGCGCGGAUCUGGCCUCGGCUCCUUCUCAAGGCGCCCCGCAAGGCCGCAGGCAGGAUGAACAUUCUGGCUCCAGUGCGGAGGGACCGCGUCCUGGCGGAGCUGCCCCAGUGCCUGAGGAAGGAGGCCGCUUUGCACGUGCACAAAGACUUCCACCCUCGCGUCACCUGCGCCUGCCAGGAGCACCGGACAGGCACCGUGGGAUUUAAGAUCUCCAAGGUCAUUGUGGUGGGGGACCUGUCAGUGGGGAAGACUUGCCUCAUUAAUAGGUUCUGCAAAGACAUCUUUGAUAAGAAUUAUAAGGCCACCAUUGGAGUGGACUUCGAGAUGGAACGAUUUGAGGUGCUGGGCGUCCCCUUCAGUUUGCAGCUUUGGGAUACCGCUGGACAGGAGAGGUUCAAAUGCAUUGCAUCAACCUACUACCGAGGAGCUCAAGCCAUCAUCAUUGUCUUCAACCUGAAUGAUGUGGCAUCUCUGGAACAUACCAAACAGUGGCUGGCUGAUGCCCUGAAGGAGAAUGACCCUUCCAGUGUGCUUCUCUUCCUCGUAGGUUCCAAGAAGGACCUGAGUACCCCUGCUCAGUAUGCACUGAUGGAGAAAGACGCCCUCAAGGUGGCCCAGGAGAUGAAGGCUGAGUACUGGGCAGUCUCAUCUCUCACUGGUGAGAAUGUCCGAGAAUUCUUCUUCCGUGUGGCAGCACUGACCUUUGAGGCCAAUGUCCUGGCUGAGCUGGAGAAAUCAGGGGCCCGACGCAUUGGGGAUGUUGUCCGCAUCAGCAGUAAUGACAGCAACCUCUACCUAACUGCCGGCAAGAAGAAGCCCACAUGUUGCCCAUGAGAGGUUGAGGAGACUGUUCAGAGACUGCCCAGCCCUGGGGUACUGUGCCACCUUCAUUCCCCCAGAGCUUGACCCCUGGACAUUUGCACUGACUUUAUCCAGACCAAAGAGCUGCCUCUUGGUGGCAAUAUCCCCAGAGGGGUAGCUGGGACCAUGCUAGUCACUUCCUGCCCCCAGGCACCGUGCCAAAGACUGGAUGCCCCCUACUCCUCAGGGGACUCUUCAGGGUGCCCAGCAGUAGAGGGGGAAAGUGUCCCCUGUUCUUUUGCUCAGCCUGCUGAACGCUUUGUGUAUGAGAAUGCCUAAUGAUUCCAGCCUCUCACUGUGCCUUUAUGCAUUAAAAUUUCUUUCUUACGACA